CACCCUGUAUAUUUCAGGUAAUAAGAUACUGGGUUUCUUGGGAAUCACCCUGUAUAUUUCAGUUAAUAAGAUUCUGGGUUUGAUGGUAUUAUUUUUUGUUAAUGUUGCACUGUAAAGGUUUUGAUAGGGUUUGGUUGAAAGAACAGUUUUUCUAAGAAGCAACAUGUCCAAGUAUUAUAGGUCUAUGAGAUAGGCUACUCCUUCAUCUUUCCCUAUCCCUGUGACUAUAAUUCCUGAAUUCAAAAGAUGCCCGACAUUUUCACAUUCUUCUACUUUCAAAAUGUGCUGACAGUUCACGCUUAGGACAUUGAGAUUAUAAGUCUAAUGAACGAAAUACUGAGUUCGAACAUUUUGUUUUUUUUUUCAAUUUUCUUUAUUGAUAUUUUGAAAAUUAUUUGGUUCAAUGCAACAGAUGAAACAUAAAGUCAUUCACAAUUGAAUACCGUAUCAGGUACUCGAACUUGAGACACUCUGUUUAUGGGUGCCAAAUCAUGGAAGAAUAUUCUCGAUUCAAAUUUGUCGGUCCGUUCUCCCAAAGAUAUUCUUUGGUUCAGAGGGUAUCAGAUGAGGAAAAUUUGAUUAUUAUAGAAGCUACGUAUCUGAUCUGAUGAACAAAACUGAUUUUGACCUUGAUUUCUUUAUAUGUAAGCCGAAAGCAAUCGUUUAAGACCAUUCACGGCACAAAAUUCCAAACUAGAACAAGCGCUCAAAAAGAUAGACUUGUUUCCGUUACUUAUCAUCGACGUGUUUUAAUCUCGAGAUUUUGCACGCUCGUCAACUCAUGAAACAAUGAUCAUGAUGCAGGUUAUGAUAAAAAACAUUCGUAACAUUUGACCAAACAUCGCUUUGUCACAGAUAAGCUCUCGAGUGUCGCUUGUUACUUUGAACCGCCCGCCCCCACGUGCUACACACAUAACAACACCUCGAUGCUCCUCGCAUGCUAUCGCGUAUGCAAUUCCAUUUCCCUCCUUCCCGAUCGACCUACCUGACCACGUAUGCCGUCAUCGCCUCACGAUCGUGCAGCUUCGUGCUCGAUACGGGUCACAUGGCGUGACGCUUGCCACGCAAUCUGCGAUCACGCGUUCGCCUCGCGUCUCGUCGCUUUCUAGUCGGCUGGCUGACGACAGUGAAGCGGAGACUGGAGAGCCGACGUGUUGUUCAACAUGGAGCGGUUUGGCGAUGACAUGUCACUGAACAGACUGUUCGUUAGGGAGGUGGAGAAGAGAAGGGGUAUCUACGACUAUACCUGCCAGGAAUACUCCAAUAAGGAGCUGCAGGAGAGGAGUUGGCAGGAGAUAGCUGACGUUGUUGGUAGCACAGUGCACGAAUGCAAAUCCAGGUGGAAAAAUCUCAGAGCUGGGCUGACCCGAUACCUCAGCAGACCAUUGACUCUAUCCGGCACUAGAUACGUAAAGAAAUAUUACCUGUUUGAUGAUCUACAGUUCAUAUUACCUUUCAUACGAGCACGCAACCGUUUGGCUUUGAACGAUGGUGGCGACUUGGACCACUCUGAUCCACACGCUGGGGAGGACGAUGAGGAUACAUCUCAAGACGUGGAUAUAGACGUCAAGCCCCACAUUCUCCUGGAUGACGUUGAAAGCAAUUCGGACGACUAUUCGUUGCAUUUUCUAGAGCAGAACACCAGGAAGAAGAAACGGAAAACAAUAGAGAAUGAGGAUGAAGCACAAAAAACGCAAAUAGCUAAGAAACCUAAGUUGAAGGAGGAUUUUUUGGAGAUUAUGAAGAAUUUUUUGUUGGACACUGCGAAACCUAUGACUCCAGACCUGGAUUUCUUUAGGAGUAUUUUACCAGAUAUAGCAGAGUUUACUCCUGCUCAGAAGAGAUUGUUUAAGCAGAGGGUUCUGCAAGUUAUUGAUGAGAUAGCGUCAUCUUAAUAUGGUACUUUGUUGAUUUGAAUAUGCAUUUAUUUUUGUUGAUAGUUAAUAUAUUUUUUUUUGUA